AUGGUGGCCAACGGUGCGCGUAAGGGCACCAGGCAGGGCCUGGUCGACGCCCGCGCCUACGAUGGCAUAUUCAGCGACAAGGAGAAGAAGCCCGCGACCUUCAAGCUCAGAAGGUCCAAUGUCAAACAGACGCAGCCAGGCAACUGGAAGGAAAGCGAGAUAACCGACUCGACCGGAAAGAAGAUCGAACCUCCGUCCGCACCUUCGUCCCCGCUCGUCAACCAGCUCGAUGAGAAGACGACCGCCGCGUUCCCGACGAACCGCCCCUUGGACGACCAGCUCGAUACCGUGCAAUGCCGCCACUGUCGCCGGCCCGUCCUGCGCACCGCCGCGAAAGACCACAUCAAGGAGUGCUUGGACAAGAAACAGGCGAAGCUGAAGAAGAAGAAGGAGGCCAAAGAAGCGAAAGAGGCGGCGAUCCGGCGCGAGAAGGGCAUCGAAGACGACGACGACGGACCGCCGAAGAACGCGCGCAAGAGUUCCAAAGCGGCGCUCGACGGCGAAGGAGCCAAGAAGAGCAAAAAGCGCAAGGCGGACGGCGACGCGGAGAAGGCGCCGGCCAAGAAGAAGAAAAAGGACGAGCCCAAGGCGAAGGUGCCGAAGCCCAAGGGGCCCGUCGACGUGGAGAAGCAGUGCGGCGUGCUGCUGCCGAACGGCUCCAUGUGCGCCCGCAGCUUGACGUGCAAGUCGCACUCGAUGGGCGCGAAGCGCGCGGUGCCGGGCCGCAGCCUGCCGUACGACAUGCUGCUGGCGCAGUACCAGAAGAAGAACCAGGCCAAGCAGCAGCGCGCCGCCAUCGACGCCAACGCGCCGCUCGCCGACGACUUCGACAACCACGGGCCCAUCGACUCGGACGAGGAAAAGGACGCCAUCAUGGCCGCCGUCGCGCGCUCGCGCCCCGCCCCGCUCGUCGCCCGCCCCCUCGUCUCCAUGCAGAGCAAGUACCGCAACAUCCGCAUCAAGGAGAUGCUGCAGAGCGCCAUGGGCGGCACCCGCGGCGCCGGCCUCUUCUCCACCGGCCUGCCGCCCGCCCAUGCCCAUGCCCACGCCGCCGGCCCGCACCACCACCACCCCCCGCCGCCGCACUCGGCCGCCACCAUCGACGGCAUGGCCACCAGCAUGGGCGCGCCGCGCCCCCCCGCGACAAACUUCCUCAGCGGCAUCUUCGGCCCUCCCGACCAGAGCUCCAUGUUCGCCGGCUUCAUGGGCGGCGGCGCGGCGGGCGGCCCCGGCGACGGCACGACGAUGGGCAUCGACGGCGGCGGCGGCGCCGGUGGUGCUGCUGCCGGGCUGGCGGCCAGGCGGCAGGCGAGCAUCGGCGGGCAUGGCCCGAGACAGAUCCUGCCGGGGCAGCUUCCGGGCCCGCCGAGCAGGAAACAGAGCGUCAGCGGCGUGGGUGCCUAG